AUGAAUACAACCAUGUCUUCUCAAAUCGAAGCCCUUCCCUAUGAAAUUCGCCAAUUCGUCUUGGAAUAUCUAGAUGCAACCCACCCAUCCAGCCUCACUGCCCUGGGCUGCGCCAGCAAGCAUCUUUUUGCCGCCGUGAAGCCUUUUUUAUUUCGCACAAUCAAAUUCUCAGUGAAGGGCAUAAGGGAUUCUGAGGAUCUAAAGCCGGACCGUAUAUCAACUGCAGUCCAGGAGUACUCAAAGCUCCUUCAGCGCUAUAAUGGCGUUGAGCAUGUCCAGCACCUCAUUAUUGGCGGAGAUAUAACACUUGGCGAAUGCGACUCACGUGGUUCAUCUUCCGAGUCUGAUGAUGAUGAUGAUGAUGAACCCUACCAUUGGAGUCGAUCGAAGAUUUCCCACAUCGAUCGUUUAGCACUCGCGUCUGCGGAUGGUCAACUUUGCGACGAAGAACAUGUCUUCGGGAGUUCUAAGGCCAAGUUCGGCUAUCCUCAAGACUGCCACAAUGACGACCAUGCCUGGAAACUCCUGGCAGAAUUCCGUAAAACGCUUUCUAGCUUGAAACACCUGAUUUACUGCUAUUACAAGCAGUUUCCACCGUGUUUGCUCGAGGCAUUGCAUGACCACCAUCUCGGAUGCAAACUACACCUGUAUACUUUCAAAAUAUUCGGGACUCCUGAUAAAUUGGACGACUACGGGACCAAGUUGCUCAAGUCGCCAUGCCUUCACAGUAUAAAGUCCGCGAGUCAGGGUGUGACUCGGUGUAUGGGAAGAAGAACUAUAGACGAUGAAAAAAGGAUAUAUUUAGACCACCCUGGCGAUUUCGCAAUGCGUCAUGCCGUCGUAAUCGCGCCUGCCUUGAAGAGAAUUCAGGUUGAUAUAUUGAACAGACGUGGAGCAAUAAGGACACGCUAUGACAGAAUCUCUCCAGUUACCGUCGCUGCCCACAAAGAUACCCUGAAGUCUCUGCAUCCUCUUCGCAUUUUCAAUGACAACACCGGGACGGUAAACAGAUAUGUUCUAAAUCUCUGGACAGCAAACGUUGAUUUCGCAGAACUAAAAUUUCUAGGCGUUACGAUGCACACUGCUAAAGCGCUGAAAUAUCUGUGA